AUGCCAAAUUGCCGUUUUUGCACUUUUCUGCUUUGUAGCUGUCGUUAUUAUUUUAAUCUUCAACCUCAUUUUCUUUUAAUUCUGUUGUUGUUGUUGUCAAUUCCUCAAAGCCUUCAGGACUCACAAACUGGUAGUAAUGGUGGUAUUUCUCUAGCCUGCGGAAAUGCUCUUAGUUCUUCUUCAAGUAACAUUCCAAAUAGCAACAGUAACAAUCCAGCAGUCCAAACAUUGUCACAAUAUCAACUUGUUGGAAUGGACGUUUUAACCAAAAAUGUUUGCUCCCCUUUGUCUGUUGAACCAACUACAGCUUAUUUGCCUGGAAGUGGUUAUUUGGUGGCUAAAUGUGAAGAAUGUUCCAAAUGCCCUCAAGAAUUGUUACAUUUGCAUAGAGCGCUUACACAGUUGGCAGUUAAUGCAAAACUUCAGUCUUUGAUCAUUGUUGUUGAUAAAGAAUUGGAACGAUUACGACCUGCUUCUAGUCGAACAACACCAGGAAAUUCACCUUUAGUUAAAUUUGUAUUUUCAACAUCCUCUUCAGAUGAUGAUGGAGGUUUACUUUCUCUAUGUGAUCCUAAUGGUGAUGCGAGUAAUGAAUCUCUCAAAAGUUUUUCAAAAACAUCAGUUCUAUUUGUUUCAAUUUCUUUUAUUAUUUUAAUUGUAAUUUCAUUGGCCUGGUUAGUAUUUUAUUAUGUUCAACGUUUUCGUUAUGCUCAUGCAAAGGAUAGAUUACAGAGAAGGUUUUUUCCUAUUUUAUUUUUGUGAAUGGUAGUGGAAGGUCCUUGGAGUUUUCUCUAUUAUUUAGAAUUUCCCGACUAUUGAAUCAAGGAUAUACACAAGCACCUCUUAGUAGAUAU